CUCACCCCUGUCUCUCUGUCCUCUCCUUAGGUGUGCUGCUCGCUGCGUGCCACGCACUGGAGAACACCACAGCAGCCUGGAGCGGGAAGCUGCCGUUCUGCUUCCAUGGGACCUGCCGGUUCCUGGUCCAGGAGGACAAGCCAGCGUGUGUGUGCCACUUGGGGUACGUGGGGACGCGGUGCGAGCACGCCGACCUCCUGGCCGUGGUGGCCGCCAACCAGAAGAAGCAGACCAUCACCGCCUUGGUGGUGGUGUCAGUGGUGGCCUCGGCGCUGCUCAUCGGGGCCUGCGUGCUCAUACACUGCUGCCGGCUGCGGAAGCACUGCCAAUGGUGCCGGGCGCCCAGUGGAGGCCAGGAGAAGCCGGGUGGGCUCCUGAAAGGUGGAGCCUCCUGUUGCCACACUGAGAUGG